ACGUCGCGGCGCGGCGCGCUGCAUGCGCCGUGCGCGCCGCAGCCCCGUAACCGUAAUUCCUGUAAUUUACGGAGGGACGUGACGACGACGAUGCCGUCGUGUCGUGCCUGACUCGAUGAAAUAACGAUGAAAUAACGCUUUUUUUCUGAGCGUACGAGGUGGGAACUGUUAAAUCGACCGACAGAAAGUUAUGCGCAGCGUUAUUGUGAUGUGUCCGUGUAGUAUUAUCAACAGUCAAGUACUCGUUCUACUCUGCAGAUGUUUUUCGUACAGGUGCCGGGUGCGUAGAACAUAGCUGGCAAAAUGGGCAAAUUGUUGUCAAAGAUCUUUGGCAACAAGGAGAUGCGUAUCCUCAUGUUAGGACUGGAUGCAGCAGGAAAAACUACAAUAUUGUAUAAACUUAAAUUAGGACAGUCUGUGACAACUAUACCAACUGUAGGAUUCAAUGUAGAAACAGUUACCUAUAAGAAUGUUAAAUUUAAUGUGUGGGAUGUAGGUGGUCAAGAUAAAAUACGUCCGUUAUGGCGUCAUUACUAUACAGGAACGCAAGGACUUAUUUUUGUAGUAGACUGUGCGGAUCGAGAUAGAAUCGACGAAGCCCGUCAAGAACUUCAUCGAAUCAUUAAUGAUAGGGAAAUGCGUGAUGCGAUAAUUUUAAUCUUUGCUAAUAAACAAGAUCUUCCGGAUGCAAUGAAACCGCACGAAAUACAAGAGAAACUGGGAUUAACUAGGAUACGAGAUAGAAAUUGGUACGUUCAGCCAUCUUGUGCCACAACGGGAGACGGGCUUUACGAAGGCCUUACGUGGUUAACCAGUAAUCAUAAAUUAUGAGCAAAUAUUUAUUUUUCACAAAUUAGUUAUAUAUACAGAGAAUAUACGUUUGCUUUGUAUUUUUUAUUUUAAUUUAUCAUAUGGAGGCUCCAUCAAGACGAACAGCAACUGACAAUGAUAUAUUUGACAACAUCUUUUUUACUAGUACAGUUAUCACAUAUGCAAAAGAAGGAAAAAAAAAGGGAAAUGAUAUAAAGAUGACUAUUAAUGGUGUGUUCCAAUAAUAUCGCUCCUAGGGAAAUAGUAAUUUAUUGUAAACGAGGUACCAAGGGUUUACGCGUAACCUUUGUUAUACUAGCUAUUUAUCCCAUGUCAUGGAAAUAAUUACCGAAUAAAGUUACGCUAGCGGGUUUAAUACCGCUCUCUGUACAUGUAACAUA